AUGAAAAUCCUCUUCAUUCAACUUGUGGAGGGAAAGAGUAUCACUAAACUUUAUGCUAGAGAAAUUCAAGGUUUAUUAAAGUUGUCUUCUACUACAGUAGCUAAGCUUCAACAGAAAAAGGAAAAAGUCAAUAACCAACAUCAGCCUUCUCAACCUCAAAUUUCUCCCUCAAACUUCAAGAUUGUGAAUGAAAAUGUUGCCCCAUUACCAAAUGCAAUGGAUGAAUUGAUUAAUGACAUGCGGUUUGUGGAGACUAUGCCUACUAACCACAAUUAUUUUGGUCUAGGGGAUGGAAACAAUACCGCGUAUGCACCAACUGAAUACGAUGACAUCAGUGCGGAAGAUAAUGGACAUUCCAAGGACCUGGAUUGA